AAAAGAUAGCUCCCGAGCGGCUAAAGCGGAGCUGUCAGCUACAGGACAAUGAUGCUUGCUCCUUCCAAUGCACCACAUCUAAGCACCUGCAGCUGAAGCUCAAAUCCAGUAGUCCACAUGACAACUUACGGAGACUCCAAACGCGUUUACUCCCUAGCCAUCAUUAAGGCCGGAGACGUCAAGAAAGCACCCCCGAGCCCAGCGCUUUAUGUCAGGCUCGUAUUGUCGGGAAAUAAACUUGAUAAAACUGAGGCAAAACGGAACCCAACUUGGCGUCACACUUGUUCUCUGACAGCGGAGUUGUCUUCUGUUCUGUCCUUUCAUCUCAAACACUCCCGCGAAUGGUUCGGUCCCAUCCUACUUGGUUCUGUGCACAUCACAACGGAAAAGUUGCUAGAUAGAUGCAAAAAUAACCAACGAACUACCCUAACACUCCAUGACGAACGGGGUCUAGAGGCAGGCUCGCUCAUUGUUCAGUUGCUGGACACUACGAAGCGAGUUCCUCAACCCGCUAUCGAUUGCGCCGGCCAGGACCUACCUACGUCACUCGAGAUUCCCGAGCAGGUUCGAGGUGCUACCGACUCAGCGGCUGCAGUUCGAGAUCUAGGCAGCGCACUCAAACAAGUGGUCGACAAGACCAAGGCUGUGGUGGAUUUGGUCGAUAAAACAGCCAAGCUCCAUCCUUACGCAAAUAUUGCUUGGCAGGUCUUGAGUUCGGCGUACCAAGCUGUUCGAGGGCAGAUAGAGAGAGACGACGCACUCUGCAGUCUUGUCGCGUCUAUGGCUGACCUUUAUUCGUUCGUCGAUGCCGUUGAUGAGCUAAAGAACAAAAUUCAGCUCCUCGAAGCCAGCAUUAUCCGAAUUUCUGUCCAAACGACGGAAUGCGGAAUUUUCAUUAAGCAGUAUGUGUCCCGUGGGCUCAUAGGGCGACUCGCUCACCAAACAUUCUCAAACACCUCCCAAACAAUCUCGAACCUCUCGGGGGUGCUAACAAGGCUCAAGGAGGACCUUCAUAUGGGAGUAACAUCUUACAGUGCAUUCAUCUCGGUCCAAAUAUCCAGGGGCGUGGAAAAACUUGUUGAAAUCGAGGCAUUGAAGCCUGCGACCAUGGAUGCGGGAGAUCGAGAUACAUGCUUGCCUGGGACUCGAGUAGACAUCUUGAAAAACCUCAUCGAUUCCCUGACAGAUCCUAGCUUGCCUCCCGGUCAUAAUGUCAUCUGGCUUCGUGGACCGGCUGGAUCCGGCAAGAGUACCAUACUCAACACGGUUGCUCAACACUUCUCAGAGCUGCGCCGACGUGGCGCUUUUCUGUUCUGGGACCGGAACGACCCUCUUAAUGGUGAACCCCUUCGUGUGAUACGUACUCUUGCCUUCCAGCUGGCUCGUUUCAAUCCCACUUUUUCCGUGAAAAUGGCCGAACAAAUCGAAAAAUUGCCCGACAUUACUACAUCCACCCUCGAUAUGCAAUUCAAGCAUCUUCUAGAGGCGCCUCUGGCCGAACUCGCAGCAGAGCUUGAUUUAGGCCCUAUUGUAAUUGUCCUUGAUGCCCUUGAUGAGUGUGGUACUAUGGAGACGAGGACAAAGCUCCUUCGCGCACUCUCUGAAGGCCUUGCAAGGCUUCCGAGUACCUUUCGGUUCCUGAUAGCCAGCCGGGACGAACCCGACAUUGGUGCUGCCCUGUCGCGUCUGGGUGUUGACGUGCGUGACGUGCCGAUCGGGGAUGAGUCGACAUCAUCUGACAUCAAGCUCCUUUUCCAACAACGGCUUGCCUGCAGCGCUGAUGCCUUCGUAGGCCAUGGUCUGUCAUCCAAUUGGCCAGGAGACCCCGUAAUACGGCAGCUUGUCGCUCUGUCCGGAGGUCUUUUCAUUUGGGCAUCUACAACCAUUCGCUUCCUUGAAUCCGGCUUUCCUGAAGAAAGGCUGAAAAAGGUGCUAAGUGCAUCAGUACAGGCCCCAUCGCAUGCUGGGUUGGACAAUUUGUAUCGGGUCGCUCUUACUCAUCCAUUCGACUCAUACGACGAAAACGAACUCAAAGCUGUACAUUCCAUCCUCGGUGCAAUAGUAGUCGCUCGUGAGCAGCUAACAGAUUGGCAGCUCAGUCAGCUACUAGGACUGGAGUUAGGUAAGGUCCAGGUGGUGCUCUCGCGGUUGCAAUCGCUGUUGCAGGGUGGUCGCGGGCGUCCUGUUCAAGUCUUACAUACAUCCUUUACCGAUUUUCUGUGCGACUCCAAACGGUGUCAAGAUCCGCAAUGGCACAUAAACACACCUGUUCAUCACCUUGAUCUUGCAUCUGGCUGUCUCCAGGUGAUGAAACGAGAUCUCAAAUUUAACAUCUGCGGGAUCGAGACGUCCUAUUACCGGAACAGGGAAAUCGAGGGAAUUCAACAGCGAAUCGAUCGGGCCAUAACGCCUGCGCUGACGUAUGCAAGCGAAUACUGGGCAGACCAUUUGGAUUUUGGAUCUAUGUCAGAGCCAGGUCCGCAUCCCCUUGUCGAUGCGGUUAUGAACUUCAUCAAUCGCCAGUUCCUGUACUGGAUUGAGGUAUUCAGUGUGAAGGACCGCAUGUUUAUGAUACCCUCUAUUCUAAGGAAGGCGGCUAGUUGGGCUAAGAAUUACGAGCGGGGACUCGAAGAAAUCAUCUCAGAGGCAUAUACAUUUGUGAACGUCUUCGGGUAUCCAAUCGGUCAGAGCGUGCCACACAUCUAUCUCUCACUCAGCUUUGCCGUUUUCACCUUCUCAGUCUGCUGGUAUGCGCAAUGCAUUCCAGAAUACUCUGUCUGUUCAAUUAGGGCUUCCCAAACGAUGGCCUGUGAUUCGUCAGACACUUAGAGGAAACUCUGACUUCGUCCUGUCACUCGCAAUCUCUCCCGACAGCACCCGCAUCAUCUCAGGCUCUUUCGACAAGACAGUCCGGAUUUGGGAUGCUGUGUCAGGUGCACCAAUCGGCGAGUCUCUGUGGGGGCACUCUGGCUGGGUCUACUCGGUUGCAUUCUCUCCCGAUGGCACCCGCAUCAUCUCAGGUUCUUCCGAUAACACAAUUC